AACACACACAUGGACACUUUAUUAUUCACACACCACCAAACUCCAAACCCAAUCAAUUAACCUCAUUGUUCCAAAGCUUCAAAUUUCAAGUGACUCCACCCCAAUGGGGGAUUUCAUCUUCUCCUUCAAAACACAACAACAAGAACAUCAUGCACACCACCAAAGAGCAAAGCAUAACAACAACAAGAAGAGGCUAACCGAGGACCAAGUUGCAAUUCUCGAGAAGUGCUUUUCCUCCAACAUGAAGCUCGAACCGGAGCAGAAGUUCCACCUUGCAAACCAACUUGGUCUGCCUCCAAGACAAGUUGCAAUUUGGUACCAAAACAAAAGGGCACGAUGGAAGACCCAAAGCCUUGAGGUGGACCAUGGUGUGCUUCAGGCAAGGCUAGAGAAUGUGGUGGCUGAAAAGAAGCAGCUAGAGAAAGAUGUUGAAAGGCUCAAAGCUGAGCUUAAGAAGGCUCAAGAGAUGUUGCUUAUUACCAAUAGUGUCAAAGGUGGAGACCAUAAUAAUAAUAAUGCUUGUGAAUUUUCAACUUCUUUUGAAGAAGGAGGGAGUUCUGGGGUGGUGCUUGAUGAUGCCACUUAUCAUCAUCAUCAUGAGUGUUGGCAAAGUGGUGGUGAGGUUAUGCAGGUUGAGGAGCUCUAUGCUUACUUCGUGGGUGCAAAUUAUGGGACAGGCUUGCAUGAGAAAGGGCAUAAAAUAUAACAAACUUUUGCUAGUUUGUACAUUUUAUUUUUGUUAUGUCAUUCAGCAGCAGGGUCAAAAAAUUGGAAUUUGUUAAUUUACAAUUUUGUGUCAUGAAAUAUAUUGUAUAAAUCCAUGUCCAUAUGUCACGGUGAUGAGACAAAGGAGACUGGAGAGUACCCUUUAACGGGAAAAAAAAAAAACUAAAAUUGAAUAAUGAGCAAUUCGGUGACCCUGCAUUGCAUUUUGUACCUCCUUAGCUGUUUUUCGUGGAUGCUUAAUAUUUAGUAGUGCAGUGGCUCGAUC